AUGCGUUGCAAAGGCAUUGCCGUCAUCGCGGCUGCUGGACUUGCUUCCACUGCCAGUGCACACUUCGAAAAACCAUCCAUUUAUCAUCCUUCUUCAAUCACCACAGGCAAAUCAGUUUCGACCCACUCAUCCAACCCACCUUCAACUCAUACACCUGGCUCAGGUUCCAUUCAUUGGUCCCAUGAAAGCCCUGGUGAAACUUCCGCUUUCCAUUCGAGUGUGAUUUCUGUUCCAGUUCACUCAUCGAAGAUUGCCCCCACAAGUUCGAGUGCCCAUUCCAGUGUAGCUGCUGUUUCGAGCCAUUCAUCCAGCUUACCGUUGAUUCACCCAUACUUAGCUUCAACCCAUUCAUCCAAUGUUGUUUCAGCCAAAAGUUCAACUCCUCAUUCUAGUGAAGCUACUGCUCAUUCAUCAAAAUUACCGUCAGUUCAUUCGUCAUUGGCUUCGAGUCACUCGUCCCACGAGGCAUCGACUCAUCUAUCAAAUGUCACUCCUGUUGAAACUUCUACUGGUCAUUCCGGUGUAGCUUCGAUUCACUCCUCCUUAGCUUCUAGUCACUCAUCGAAGAUUUCCUCAAUUGCAAGCUCGACUCACCAUUCCGGCGAAGCUACCGUGUCAAGUCAUUCAUCAAGCUCACCAUCGAUUCAUUCAUCCGACGUGAUUUCCAUGCACUCUUCCUUGGCUUCAACUCAUCUGUCUAACUUGGCUUCAAUUCACUCAUCCAAGACCGCUCACAUCAUAAGUUCUGCUGGCCAUUCUAGUAAAGAUUCGGUUCAAACUUCCUUGACUCAUCACUCCAAUACGAUCCACAGCAAAAGUUCUGCUGCUCAUUCUAGCAAAGCUUCAGUUCACACGUCACUGGCUUCCAGCAAUCAUUUUCAUGCGAUCCCUAGUUCAAGUUCUGCCGAUCAUUCCAGUAAAGCUCCAGUUUACACGCCCUUGCCAUCGAGACAUUCGAGUUUAACCUCAAGUCAUCACUUCAACACAAUCCACAGUAUAAGUUCUGCUAGCCAUUCUAGUAAAGCUCCGACUCAGACGUCUAAAUAUUCGAGUCAUCACUCGGAUGCUACUACUAAAAAGAACUCCAUUGGUCACUCCAGUGUCACUCCGGUUCACAAGACUAUACUUUCGAGUCACUUUUCCAACUUAGCUUCAAGUCAUCACUCGGAUGCUAUUACUAGUAAACAUACUGUUGGUUAUUCCAACGUCGCUCCGAUCCAUACACCUUUGAGUUCCAGUCACUCAACCUCAACUUCGAGUCAUCACUCUGAUGCGAGCCAUGUUUCACCUCCUAGUCAUUCUGGUUUAUUACCGGCUCACACGUCCUUGGCUUCGAGUCACUCGUCCUAUGCAAAAUCCAUUGCGACUUCUCACCAUUCUGGUGUAGCUUCGAUCCACUCAUCUCAUGCGGAAUCUGUUGCAACUUCUAGCCAUACCAGCGUAGCUUCGUUCCAUACAUCCUUAGUUUCCAAACACUCCACCUUAACUUCGAGUCAUCACUCUGAUGCGAGCCAUGUCGCAACUGCAAGUCAUUCUGGUUUAUUUCCGGUUCACACGUCCUUGGCUUCGAGUCACUCGUCCUAUGCAGAGUCCAUUGCAACUUCUCACCAUUCUGGUGUAGCUUCGAUUCACUCAUCUCAUACAGACUCUGUUACAACUUCUAGUCAUUCCAGCAUAGCCUCAGAACACUCAUCUCAUGCGGGUUCUAUUGCGACUUCUAGUCAUACCAGUGUAGCUUCCGAACACUCAGCUCCCCACUCAUCCCACUCGUCCCACUCGGCCUCAAGUUCCAGUGUUCAUUCGGUGCAUCCGUCUAAUGUGGCCUCGGCUCAUCAUACCAAUCUCGCUUCGAGCCAUUCGUCUCAUAUCGUCCAUAGUACAACUUCCGUUAUCCAUUACGGUGCAUCUCCGGUACCUCAAUCUACCUCGACUUCCUCUCUUCAUCCUAAUACGGAUUCUGCGCAUUCAUCUCAAAAAACCUCUGCUGUCCAUUCUAGUGUAAAUUCGGCUCAUGUAUCCAGCUUGGCCUCUUUUCAUUCCAGUGUAUCUUCCGCGCAUAAAUCCAGCUUUACUUCCGUUUUGCACUCUAGCACAGUUUCUACGCAUUCAUCCAAUCAAGCUUCUACUAUUCAUUCUAGUGUGGCUUCGAUACAUUCAUCCAGCUCAACUUCCGCUUCACAUUCUAUUGUAUCUUCAAUUCAUUCCAGUUUAGCCUCGGUGCAUUCAUCCAGCCUAAAAUCUGCUUCUCAUUCUUCUGGACCAUCGAUUCAUCCAUCAAGCUUAGCUUCUGCUUCACAUUCUAGUAUGACUUUCGCUCAUUCUAGUAUAUCUUCGGUUCAUUCCAGUGGACUAUCGGUUUAUCCAUGGAACUCAGCCUCUUUGCAUUCUAGUAUGACUGCUGCUCAUUCUAGUAUAUAUUCAGUUCGUUCCAGUGAACAUCCAGUUCACCCAUCAAGCACGGCUUUCCCCCAUUCGAGUGUUGCUUCAGUUCAUUCCAGUGAACAUCCAGUUCACCCAUCAAACACGGCUGCUUAUCAUUCCAGUGGACAGCCGGUUCAUUCAUCAAGCACGGCUUCUCAUCAUUCCAGUGUGGCUUCUGUCCAUUCUAGUGAACAAUCGGUCCAUCCAUCAAACACGGCUGCUUAUCAUUCCAGUGGACAGCCGGUUCACUCAUCAAGCGCGGCUUCUCAUCAUUCCAGUGUGGCUUCUGUCCAUUCUAGUGAAAAAUCGGUACAUCCAUCAACCACUAGUGUUGCUUCAGUUCACUCUAGUAAACAGCCGGUUUAUCCAUCAAGCUCGAACUCUUUCCAUUCUAGUAUAGCUUCAGAUCAUUCCAGUGAAACAUCGGUUUCUCCAUCAAGCUCUGUGCUUCUUCAUUAUGGUGCACCUUCGGUUCAUACCAGUGGACUAUCAGUUCAUUCCAGUGAGCCAUCGGUUUCUCCAUCAAGCUCUGUGCUUCUUCAUUAUGGUGCACCUUCGGUUCAUACCAGUGGACUAUCAGUUCAUUCCAGUGAGCCAUCGGUUCAUCCAUCAGCCUUAACUUCCGCUGUUCAUACCAAUUCAUCGAAUUCGAGCUUGCCAUCCAAGAUGACACCAGAGGAAUCUUCUGUUCAUUCAUCCAGUCAUAUUCCUGUUAAAACCCCCACUCCUCAUUCUGUGACUUCGGACUUACCCUCAAAUACUAUUCCAAAAUACUCAUCAAUUGAAAUUUCCAGCACACCAAGGGUUUCUUCUGCCAUAACCUCAAUCCCUAUCCCAACUUCUACUCAUUCAUCUGAUAUUGCUAUAGGACUUUCUUCGACUAUAAAGUCAUCGAUUACUAACCCAGGUUACAUUCACCCAUCCAGCGAAGAAUCACCGCACACAACCCUGGCCUCUUCUCCAUUAUCCAGCUGGGUGCCAGCCGCCUCUUCCGCUCAUGAUUCCUCCACUCAUGAUUCCUCUACUCAUGAUUCCUCUACUCAUGAUUCCUCUACUCAUGAUUCCUCUACUCAUGAUUCCUCUACUCAUGAUUCCUCUACUCAUGAUUCCUCUACUCACGUUCCCUCUACUUAUAGUCCUUCCACUUCUGGUCCUUCUACUCCUGAAUUCACUACCCCGGGUACCAGUGUGUCAAUGCCAGUCGACUCUGUAUCAGCAUGGUCAUCAAGUCUCAUGACUUCUCAAACCAGUUCCAUCCCAAUUUAUGUCAAGCCACAAACUUCAAAGUCAAGUAUUAUUAAUUAUGGCCCUACCGAAACCGGGGGGUCCGUACCAAAUAAUGUUACCACACAUGCCUCAAAAUCUUCUACGAUUUCCUCAAUUACUUUAUCUAGUCAAAGCAGUACUGAAUUUGUCGGAUACACAAAGACAAAUGGAUGGGCUCCUUAUACAUACUCCUCAUCAUCCAGCAAGACUACAAGUGAAACUGAGAAGGAGAAAUCUAAAACUGCCUCUUCACCAAGUAUUUCAGCAUCCCAUGAAGCCUAUCAAUAUGGAUCAAUUACUUCCGAAUCAUAUCCAAGUGCUUCAGCCAAAUCAACAGAAACCGAUAGCACAGUCGCAGCUGGAAUUUCUUCUACUUCAUCGGACUCUUCGGUCUCCAAAAUCCCUCAUGUCUCAACCUUCUCAUCGAUUCCAAUGUAUUCUACUCCAUCCUUUAAUUCUUCAAAAUCUAAAUGGACUGAUACUACAACUGCAAUUGGAGCGUCUUCUACCCUAUCGAGUGAAAGCUCGUCUGUUCUAUCUGAUUCUUCUACACUUGAAGUCUCUUCUGAUGUCCCAACAACGACACAAUCACAAAGCCACCAGACCACCAACAUUCCAUCAACAAAACAAUCAAUCGAUCACCAGACUACCCAUGUCACAUCAAGUAUUGUGGAAUCACACAGCCACUGGACUACCCAUGUUCCGUCCACACAAUCGUUCUAUCACUAUACUACCGAUGUCCCAUCAAGUGUUGUUGAACAAUCAUCUGUAACUCGAGGAUAUCAAAGUGUGUCGGUAACUUCAGCUGCUACCUCAUCGUCUACCAGUGGUAAUACCUUCAAAUCAGGUGAAACUCUAUCCAGCUCUACUGGUGCAAGUUAUUCAAACACACAUACUUUCCCAGUAUCUGCCUCAACUGCUCCGUCAUCCGUGUCAUCAUUCCCAGGAUCAGCAGCUACCACUGUGCCCUCUUCUGGUUCAAUCAGUGCAUCUAGUCUUUCAGGAUAUGGAGCUGGAAUUCCUUCUACGCUAUCCACUUCUCUUGGUGGAGCUUCUCCAACCUCAUCCAGCUCUUCUAAUAGAAUUACUCAUACUCCAAUACUCUCACCUAUUCAUGAAUUUCCACCUACUUCAUCGACCCAUAGCGGCCCGUGUAUAGCUAGUCACGGAGGUCCAUGUGUCCCAUUCAUUCAUGGAGGUCCAUACACCUCCUUGGCACAUAAUAAUACUUCAACACAUGGUAUCUCUUCAACGGAUGUUAUCUCUUCGAUGACACACAGUGUAACUUCAGAACAUGGUAUUCAUUCAACAAUACACAGUGUGUCUUCUGCAGAUAGCAUAUCCUCCACACAUUCUUCCGCACACAGUGCCUCUUGGACGCAUAGUGCCUCUUGGACGCAUAGUGCCUCUUCCACACAUAGUACUCCUUGGAUGCAUAGUGUCCAUCCGACGCACAGUACCUCCUCCAAGCAUGAUAUCCAUUCGACGCAUAUCCCUUCCAAUCAUGCUUCCACACAUGGUAUAUCUUCCACAUACAUUGCCUCUUCAAAGCAUGAUAUCCAUUCGACGUAUAUUGCCUCUUCAGAGCAUAAUGUCCAUUCGACGUACAAUGCCUCUUCCACACAUACUUCCACCCACAGUAUCGUUUCCACACAUAGUGUCUCUUCUACACAUAACAUCCCUUCGAAAACACACAGUGCCUCUUCCGCAUAUAGUACUCCUUGGAUGCACAGUGUAUAUCCAACACACAGUACCUCCUCUAAGCACAAUACCCAUUCGACGCACAAGAUCCCUUCCAAUAAUACUUCUACACAUGGUAUAUCCUCCACACACGUUGCCUCUUCUUCGGAGCAUGAUGUCCAUUCCACGUACAGUACCUCUUCGACGUAUAGUGCAUCUUCCACACAUGAUGCCCCAUGGAAAACACACCAUGUCCCUUUCAAUCAUACUUCCACACAUAGUGUAUCUUCAACACACAUUGCCUCUUCGGAGUAUGAUAUCCAUUCGACCUAUGGUGCUUCUUCGAAACAUUCUUCCACCCAUAGUGUCUUUUCUACACAUGAUACCCCUUCGAAAACACACAGUGCCUCUUCCACACACAUUACCCCUUCUAUACACAAUAUCUCUUCGACGCAUGAUUCCACACAUAGCGUAUCCUCCACAAAUGGUAACCCUGCCACACAUACUUCAACGCACGACAUCCAUUCGACACACGAUAUUCCUUUGACGCACAGCAUGUCUUCAACACAUAAGAUUUCUUCCGCUGAAUCAACUUUAUCUAUACCUUCCUCGUCUUCAACCCACGAGAUACCUGUUCCAUCUACUCAUAAUAGUCCAUGUAUAUCAUCUGUCCAUGGAGGUUCAUGCAGCCCGUCAAUUGUUACCGUUACUUCCACUCUAUUAACCUCCUCUGGACCUUCCACUUCUUCUAUACCUGGGAUUUCACCCAUACCAUCUACCCAUGGUAGUUCAUGUAUUCCACAUAUUCAUGGAGGCUCAUGUACCGAAUCUGUUCAUGAAAUUUCUUCUGCUCCAUCAACUACACCUAUGCCUUCCACCUCCACUAGCCACGAAGUACCACCCACUCCAUCUGACUAUAGUAGUUCAUGUAUUCCACAUAUCCAUGGAGGUUCGUGCACUCAAUCGAUUCAAAUUACUUCGACUUUAUCCAAACCUUCAACCCCUUCUGUCCAUGAAGUCUCACCUGUCUGGUCUACCCAUCAACCUUCAUGUAUCCCUGACAUCCAUGGAGGUUCAUGCACCCAAUCGAUUCAAAUUACUUCGACUUUAUCCAAGCAUUCCACCUCUUCUAUCCAUGAAGCCUCGCCUGCUUCAUCUACCCAUGAAAUUUCAUGCAUCCCACAUAUCCAUGGAGGCUCAUGCACCAAGCCUAUUCAUGAUGUAUCUCCUACUCCAUCAACUUUACCCAAACCUUCAAUAUCUUCUGUUCAUGAAGUCCCACCUGUCUCUACACAUGAAAGUUCAUCCACCCAUCAAGGCUCAUGUAUCCCUCACAUCCAUGGAGGCUCAUGUACCGAGUCCACACAUAGUCUUUCUUCUACUCCGUCAAUUGUAUCGAAACCUCCCACUUCUUCCAUCCACGAAGUUCCACCCGUUUUAUCUACCCACGAAAGUUCACCUCCUCAAUAUGGUCCUUGUAUCCCUCACAUCCAUGGAGAUUCAUGCACCAAGUCCUCCGUUACUCCACACCAAAGCUCGUUCACCACUUCGAUAUCGGCCCCCGCCACUUCCAAAACUAACUCCGCCGUACCAUCUACAUACACUGUAAAACCAGGUGAUGUUCUUUUCAGUGUUGCUAAAGAUAAUGGAAUCCCGUUGGCUACUCUCGAGGCUUUGAAUCCACAAAUCACAAACCCAGAUUUACUACAACCUGGACAGGUUAUCAACCUUAAACCUCAUACCCUACCCUCACCAAGUACAUAUACUGUCAAAAAAGGAGAUAGUUUGUACAGCAUAUCCAAAGGAUUAGGGAUUUCAUUGGCUGAACUCAAAGCCACAAAUCCAGAAAUUUCUAACUUUGAAUUGAUUCAACCUGGACAAAUAAUCAAGCUCCCCUCUAAUGGCGCUACCGUUAUUGUGAAACCAGGAGAUACUCUCAGUUCAUUGGCCACUGCAAACAAAGUUUCACUCCAAGCCUUGGAAGCCGCCAAUCCAGGUAUUCAUGACUACAAUUCCAUUGCUCCAGGUCAAACCAUCAACAUCCCACCAAGUAAUGCUGCCCACGGUAAAGAUCAUACACACGUCGUUAAACCAGGAGAUACACUCACCGAUAUCGCCAAUGCCAACGGUAUCACUCUUGACACUUUGAAAGCCGCCAAUCCAAACAUCGUUAUGGUCAACUCACUCUGGCCUGGCGAGACUGUGAAAAUCCCCAGUACCGGUGGAGACAACCACAAAACUUACACUGUUAAACCAAAAGAUACCUUGUUUGAUUUGGCGCAUAAAUUUGAAGUCACCCUCAAAGAUCUCAAGCAUGCCAAUCCACAUAUUCAGAAUUUUGAACAGAUCAAACCAGGAGACGUCAUUAACGUCCCCGAGCACAAGCCAAAGUCAAAGAGAAGACUUAAUAGUGUUAAGUUCAGAUCUUUAUUCUAA